AUGGUGAAUCUUAAAGAAGAAAACCUUCAAAAGGGCGGGUUGCUGGAAGCUUCCGGAAGAUUUCUAAAAUCUCGUCCUCUUCCAAAUGAUCUUCAUGCAUUCAUCACUUCAUCAUAUUACUAUCCGACUUCCAAAAGUCUCGGAAACAAUUCAAUAGGGCUGGUGUUCCUAAUGAACUUCGAGGAAGAUCCAGAGAUCAAACGAGGCUUCUUCGAAAAACUCAACAAAGUCGAGCAUCAUCAAAUUCGAAUUUUGGCUGAAAAUGAGUCCGAUAGCGUUGAAGUGACAACUGACUAUCAAAUCGUCACCGUGCACAGGGUAUGUCGAAUGAUUCCCAUAUUUGUGACGGCCACACUUCUUCCGAAUAUGAAAAAUUUGUAUGUUGUUGGCGACACUGGAAAGACGCAGAUCCCGUUCACACCGGUCUCAUAUGAGAAGAAGGAUGUGGUCGUGUGCAUUUCUCCGCUGUUCCUCAACGAAAACUGGCAAAUGUUUUUAUUGGCAAUGCAUACCUAUAAAAGAUAUGGCGCUUUUGUCAAUCUAUACAUGUCGAGUGCAAUUUCCACUGUUUAUGAUUUGAUCAAAUUAUAUGAGAAUGAGGGCUACCUUCGAAUCCAGCCUUGGGUUCAAGCCAAGUUUCCCGGUGUUCCUGAUGAGAUGUUGGAUUCCUAUGCGCAAACCGAGUUCAGGAAUCAGGCUGGAGCUCAAACGGAUUGCAUUCUUCAGUUCAAGGAGUCCUCGAAAUUCGUCGCCCUUCUUGAUCUCGACGAUAUUCUGAUUCCCAAAUUGGCUCCAACCUACUUCGAGGAAUUCACACGAGUGAUGCGCGAAUUUCCGGCAACCAAUUAUAUGCAUUACAAAAAAAUUAAUUAUCAAACUCAAACCGCACUUAAUCCAUUAAAUUAUGACAUCGAUGGAAUGUUCCGAAAUCUCGAAUAUGUUGGAACGAUCGAAACCCCUAAAAUGAUCGUUCCAACGGACCAAUUACAUCAUACGUGGAUUCAUUGGACCACGAAUCCUGGUCAUGUGAAGACUGUUGUUAAAAAUAAUGCAAUAACUCAUUUCAAGAAAGUUGAAGUGGUCGAUCAUCCAAAAAAAUCGAAUGUUUCUGCUCCGCUUUAUUGGAAUAAAAAUGACGAAUUUAUAAUGAAAGAGGAGGAUUUGUUGGCGAUUCAAGAAGAUUAUGAACGAAUGGCUUCUCGAGACGACGUGGCGGACAUUUUGGGCACCGUCGAGAACGAUCAGUUUUACGCGAAAAUCAUUUCAAAGUGCUGGAAAACGGGAUUUUAUAAGCGCAUUUAUUACGAUAAGGACACACCGUGUCCGGGAACUCAAUUGUGCACGUACCCGCAACGAAUGAAUUAUAUGUGUAUGCGACAUGACGCAAAAAUUCAGAAGAGAGAACGACAGUACCCGAUCACGUUUUAUUUUGCCGAAGAUGUCACUUUUUCGACGGCCAACGGAUGCAUUCCAUAG